AUGGACACCGCAAAUGUGGGAUAUUCGUACCAUUUGCCUUCAGGCGGCUGGAACUAUAAAAUACGCAACACAUUGUCGCAAUUCAGUGAUUUGUUUAGCGAAUUUAAUAAAUAUAUCGCCCCCGCAUAUCAUCACGAUCGUUGUGAAAGGUCUGUUCAAAUGAGGAUUUAUUCAAUGCACAAAGGGGAGUUCGUGAUGGUAUUUAUUGCGUUUUUCGCUUGUUUCGGAUUAGGAGUAUUUAUAGGACUAGCAGGACCAUCACCAACAAUGACGACGUCGAUGACGGCGUCGUCAGUGCUGACGAACUCCAGCAGUAUAUACCAGGGACCCUUCCACCUGCACAGCAGGGCGCUCGGCCUUAGAGCGCAGCAACUGUGGCUCAUGGCUGAAAUACUCACUAAUAAUGACGACGAGGAGAUAUUCGACAAGAGCUUCCAAGUUAGUAUUUCAAUAGAGGGCGUGUUGGCCGACCACAGUAACACAGAAGAAAUAUUGUCCGAAGCGGAUGCUUCCAAUAGGACCCAACACCUGAAGUGCAGGCAGCGAGUGUGCGAGGAAGUGAUGGUCCUACACAUCUUGUGGCUCGACUACACGCACUACGUGUUCAAUAUUAACUUUUAUGGGCUCAAGGAGUUCCACCACCGAUAUAUUAUUAGGGAUAUUGUAUUCUAUUUCAAAACCUACAAUCCAGCUUUUACACAAAUGGAAACGUGGUUUAGAUUUAUAUUCGUGAUGACGUCGUUCUUCAUGACUUUCUGGUUUGCUUACAUGAUGCGAAAGUACCCGAUGUCCGACUGGUCGAUAGAACAGAGAUGGAUCUACAUCUUAUUGCCGUCCUUACUUACUUUCAAUGAUCCCUUGUAUCCUUUGAGGUUUUUCCCGGGAGCCAUCAUGGCACCUCUGAUUGGUAAUUUCUUCCAGACCACAUUCUUAGCAGCUGUUAUGCUCUCGUGGUUGUCACAGUACCAUGGACUUAGGCAGAACGACCGAGGUAUCGUAUCCUUCUAUUUGUUCAAAUUCGUACUCGUGGGGCUCUGUGUUAUACCUGCCUUCAUGCUCGGUAACUGGCAGAAGUUCAGCAGCUAUCUAGAUCCCACUUUUAACUACAUGAUGGAUCCAGACUAUCCCCUCGUCAAGCUAUGGUUCUUCUGUGCAAUCACGAUAUACUUCUUAUACUUAUUAAUAUUGAUCAUCAAAGCAUAUAGCGAUUUGAGAAACAUGCCAUUUUUCGAUAUCCGACUUAGGUGCUUGUCCAUAGUAGUGGGUACGGUGACGUCCAUUAUAACGGUGCUGGCUCUACAAGGAUGGGGCCCAGCCGCCCUGCAGGACCACUGGGCUUGUCAGCCGAAAAUACACUUCGACACAUCUGCACCAUUCAUGGCCCUCUACGGAUUAUUCAACUUUUAUAUUUACAUACUGGCCUAUUUGUUCUCGCCUGGUGGUGGGUCUAUCCAUGAAACGGCCAUAACCAAAGACAACCCCGCUUUCUCUAUGAUCAACGAUUCAGACGAAGAGGUUAUCUAUGGAUCGGACGAGGAGAGCAGACGUCCACUCAACUCUCACCAUAGGAUUACUACUGACGAAGAUCUAUGA